GGGGAAAUAAGUAGUAGGCAUAAUAAAUCAACUUCGCCGCGCAUAGCGAUUUUGUAGAUAUAAAGAUGAAAAGUCAUGCUUGGAAAGAUGACGGCUCUUCAUAGAGUUACACUCAGAAUCAAUAUCAGAAGAACUCAUCUUAAGCCAACAGAUCGGUUGUAUAUUGCAACGACAGUCACUCGAUUUCAACAGCAGCAUCCCAGAAAUAUCACUCUGAACCACCAAUUUACACGCAAGAUGGCGUCGUUCUCAAACACGGACACUGGCAACAAGCCGUCAGGUCCUUAUUAUGAAAAGAACCUCGACACAGACAUAAGCCUGAAGGAGAAGGUCGAGAAUUUGAUUAAAUUCGUGUCGUCGUGCAAGUUCGGCAUGAUGACGACGCGCGACCCUACAAGCGGAAAGCUGGUCUCCCGCUGCAUGGCUAUUGCCGGAAAGGAAGGUGGCGAUAUCGACCUAACCUUCACGACCAACACUGAAUCUCACAAGACCGAUGAGCUGAAGGCGGAUAAUCACACUAACGUCUCGUUCUACGACAAUUCGGGCCAAUGGGCCUCGAUCGCGGGCGAGGCAAGCAUCGAGACGGACCGAGAAGUGGUGAAGAAGUAUUACAGCCCAACGCUCAAGGCUUGGAUGGGUGAUCUAGGCGACGGCGUUCACGACGGGAGCGAGAACGACCCACGCAUCGCGGUGCUGAAAGUUAAAACCAGCUCCGUUACAUACGCCGUCACGGGCAAGACGAUAGUAAGCAGAGCCGCGGAGAUCGCCAAGGGCACUAUUACAGGCGAACCGGCUGGGGUGAAUAAGUUGAGGGAGAUUAGCGAGGGUGAAAUUCAGCAGUGGAGGGCUACUGCUUCGAAGUAAUCGGCUUUAUACAUAUUCGCCCAUUUCUUGUAGCCCUCGCUAUGUUUAUUAUAUGUCAAAGCUUAUGAAGAUAGGAGAAGCAAAUCCACAUAAUGAAAUUCCCUCAUGUUCCAUUUUGCCGGAGCGGCGGAGAUGAUUCUCAAAGUAGCAAUUGUUAUUCUUUGUUCGGUGCUGACGGCGUUUUUUUAAAGGCGGGAAAUUU